UACUACGGUUAAAACGGAAUAACAAUAUUUGAUAUCACUGUAUAACCUCACUCGCUAGAAGCUAAAAUUGUAAAAAAUUUACUACAGAUUACACUAAGUUGCCAGAUUGAAAGAAGCGAGCAGCCCACGUAUUCUAUCUAAAUUUCUAAGAAAAAUAUCUUUGGUAAUUAAUUAAUUAAACAAAAUAAACUUUUAAAUUUGGUCCAAGUAAAAUUGUGCUUAAAGUUAUUUGCUUGUGCAUGUCUCGCUUUCAUAUCGCAAUAGAGGUGCGCAGUCGCAUAUCCUGUGCAAAUGUGUUUAUCCAAUUUGCCCAGCGUUUGAGUUGUGCAGAAUCCUUAAAACUCAGCCUGGAUAAGGAAAAGAUUACCUUCAAUCAUCCUACUUUUCAUUGUGACAUUCUUCUUAGCCAGCAUUUUAACAUGGUCACUGAUAGCUUAAUCAAUCUAAAAGUGGAUGAAGACAAUGCCGCCUUCAGAAUGAGCAUAAAAUGCAUUCAUAUGGAAGAUAAAUGGCCUAGUGACGAAACCUAUUGGAAAGAAAUCGAUUUGUUACCUCAAGUAGAAGAAAAUCAAGAAGUUUCUCUUCGGUGCAGUAAUUGUGAUUUCGUUUUAUGUCCUAAGCAAGCUUAUAACCGAGUAAGGGCCUAUCCAUCCAGUUCAAUGGAACUAAGUGAUUUUUUUUGCCAUCAUCGAGCGGAUUUUGGCGAAGUUUUGAUUCCGCAAAUUCAAGAUCUUUUCUACGGUUUCGAGUGCAUUAUAUUAAAUAGAGAAAGUCUGCAAGGCAUGAUACGUAUAAAAGAAACCCACAUAUAUUGCAAAAGAUGUUUAAAAUUUAUAGGUGAAACACUGUUUCGAGAUAAAGCUGCUAAAUUAUGGUCAGAUGCCUUUACCAUUAAUGGGGCAGGCUCAUGUAGAAAUAUUUUCCCAUUAAAUAAUCUUAACAAUAUUCAAAGGCUAAUGUUUAAAAUCGUACGAGAAUCCACUUCCACAAUGCCACUAUAUGGGAACGUUCAUUUUGUGAAAGUUGUCUUGGAAAGCAAAUUCCCUAACAGAAAAAAUAAGUACUUAUUAUUGCAUAUGCUUGAAAAGCAUUUAACAAUUUUAAGAGGAGGUAAGAGUGAGCAGGCUAAUAGCAGCUUGACUCAUCAGAAAUUUUCUCAAAUCGAUUUAAUACCGUAUAGAGCGUUUAAACUACUAUAUAGAUUAAUUAAUUGUGACCAAGACUGUCAACAGGACGACAGAUCACAUAUCCAACCGUUGUUAAUGUAUUGGCAGAAAGAUAUCAAUAUUCUCAGUUUAAAGAUAUCUCCUUAUCUGUUUAGUGAAUUAUUAGAUGAAUUAGAACGGAAUACUUUACUUUUGCCGAAAAUGUAUCGUGAAAGUACCGAUGAAUUCCUUUCCAGUUACUUGUUCUACAAUUAAGUCUGAUAAUCUUUAGAGCUUUUUUGCAUUGACUUAUGUAUUUAUUAAGGUUUAAAGAACCAACAAUAAAAGUUCUUUGGAGUGAACGAGAAUACAAUAAGACUGUUCAUAUAUAUAAACGGUUAUAUACUCAAACAUAUAUGUAUAUAUAUAUAAAUAAUUUUGAAAAACUUAACAUCGUAAAUAACUUAAAUAAAUGGAGAUUUACUUAAUGAAAAGUUAGUUCGU